GUAAUAAAAUGAUGAAUCCGCUGGCUCUCCAUUAUCACGUCAUCCCGAUUCUAACAGAAAUAACCGUCGUCAGCCAUGAACACUGAAAGCCUAGUCCACUACGUUUCCGCAAUCGUCACCGUCUUACUCGCUUCGACGCUUGUUCUUAUAACCACCAGCGACGUAACGCCGCCUCCAUCUUCGCCGCCGCCUGGAGGCUGUGCCGACUCCGUCAUCUCCUUCUCGCCUUGCCUUCCCUUCAUAUCCGCCCCGCCAAAUGAUCUCUCCGACGAACCUUCAUCCCAAUGUUGCGACAUCUUCAACGGAGCCUUUGCUUCCGGCAAAGCCGAAUGUCUCUGUUAUCUUGUUCGUCAGAACACGCUCCUCGGUUUCCCUCUUAACGCCUCCAAGCUGCUUUCCUUAUCAGAUCUAUGUCUACUCAACAAUGAUACCCAAGCUUCCCACGCGAAUAAUGCUAGUACAUCUCUCCAGUCGAUCUGUUCAGGUUCAACAACUCUACCUCCUCUGAUCAGCAUCACAAGAAAACCCCGUUCAGGUUCUACUGCCCGUCGCUCACCCCCUUCAUCACCCACUCUCCGGUCUCCUCCUCCACCACCACCACCAACUUCCGCCUCCAAACAACCGAUCCCCAAGCCACCAAAGUCAGAGCGGAGCAACAAUGGUAACCAUCUGGCACCUGCUGUUGCUCUCAUGCCCAUUUACUUGGGGUUUUUUGUUUAAGUGUCUAUGAAGAUCUUGAACCAUUUUACAGCAGGUAUGGCACACUAGAUGAGAGCUAGUAGUAUGUUCUAUUUUUGUAUCAAUUUUGGUACAAUUUGUGAAUUAGACCACAGGAUGUAAUGAUGAUUUGAUGUAUAUGUUAAAGAUGAUGAGGAUAUGAUAUCUCAAUGGGUUCAAUAACACUGUUUUUGUUACACCGGAUCGGAUGAUUAGAUUAGACUGGGUAGUAUUAAUAACGAGUCGUGUAAUUGUUUUGGUAUAGAAUUACCCAUUAAUAACCAAGUUUUUAGGGUUAUUCAUAUCUUUUUCUUUUUGUACAGGUCAGAUAUUUUGUUCUUACUUUUUUGAUGUGACAAAAAAUUAUAGUAUUUGUGGUAUUCAUAUCAUUUUGUGUCCGGUGUACAUCAAAUACAAAUACUGUACAAAGCCAA